CAGUCUCCCGGCGGCCGAGGACGACAUGUUGCUGGCGGCGGUGCUCGCGGUGCUGCUGGCGGCGGCGGAGGCGGCGCUCGAGCGGCCGGCAUACUUCAAGCCAUGCUCCAGGAAUGAUCCUGACUUGGACGCGUGUGCACUGAAGAAUGGCAUCGAGGCCGUGCCUUUCCUGCUUAAAGGAGACCGCAAGUACAAGAUCCCGGUGGUGGAUCCCCUGAAGAUCACGGAGAUCCGCAUAGAUGACGCCAACAAGGGCAGCUCGGCCACGGGCCUCAACAUCUUCUUGCGUGAUCUGACCGUGUACGGCCUGGAUAAGGUGCAGCUGAAGAAAGUGCACUUCGACCUGCAGAAGAAGGAGGUAGAGAUAGUGCUCGCGAUCCCGUCGCUGCGGCUGAAGUCGCAGUACGAGAUCGACGGCAAGAUCCUGGUGCUGCCCAUCAAGGGGAAAGGAGACGGCAACAUCAACAUGACUGACGUGGACAUCACCUACUGGCUGAAGUACGACCUGGUCACCAAGCCGGACGGUCUGGAGUACAUGAAGGCCGGGGACUCCAAACUGGUGCAUAAGACCAAGAACAUGCAUAUGUACCUGGACAACCUCUUCAACGGCGACAAGACUCUGGGAGAGAACACCAACAGCUUCUUGAACGAGAACUGGGAGGUGCUGAACACCGAGAUAGGCCCGUUCAUCGCCCAGGCCAUCGGCGAGGCCAUCAAGCAGAUCAUAGCCAACUGCAUGGACCUCAUCCCCUACAACGUGCUCUUCCCAGAGGAGGUGUAGAGCGUGCGAGAGCUGUCUCUAGCCUUCAGCACCCACCUCCUACCAUCUGCAGCCCAAGAACCUGCUCUCCGCACCACCUCGGUACCUUCCAGUCUUCCCAGAACUCUUCAAACAUGACUGUUCGCUGACAACACCAACCUCCAGUUCAACAAUUCCCGAUGUUCUUCAUGCAUGAUGUUUUGACACGUGCGUUGCUGAUUCUUCUUGCAACAAUAUCCGAAUCAGCACCGCCUUUCUUCCCUGCAAACUCAACUCUAGUUUUAUUAAUUGAACACGCCGGCCCGCAAAUAUUCGUGAUAUCACUGCAAAUUCGGUUUGGUUUUGUUUCGCGAGGUUUCAAACUGAACAUUCCCUCAACUGUGAUGACAAGGGGUUUGAAAAUUCUUUCAACAUAGCAUGGAAUAGUUACCUUAACUGCAUUUUUUGUUCAAUGCAUUAGAAAAUGAUUUACAUGGAGUUCAAAGCAAGUCUUGUUUAUGGAUAUCUGCACGAUGACACCUCUUUCUGCAUUCUUUGUUUGUAAUGCAAAACUUACUCUUUAGGGUUGAACUUGGACAUUGUAAUGGGAGUGUGGCUCUCAGCAAACAUGCAUGUAAAAUGUGUGAGACAUUAAUAUUAAUUGUGACAAAGAGAAGAUAAUAUGGAAUUGCCGGAAUCCUCGCCUUGCAAGAUUUUUUUUUGAGUUUAAUACAAAAAUAAAAUAUUAAAAUCAUGUUAAUUA